AUGAUGGACAUGGAGAUGAACGCUGGCUUAGAUGGCGAUGAUGGGAGCGAGAGCAGCGAAGCUACGUCGGACGGAAGCUCGGCCAGUAGCACGUUCUGCGAACUCGAGAAGAAUUACUCCAAGGUCCUGAAGGAAAUGAAGGGCAACGAAGCGUUGGCCCCUUUCUUGGUCGAGUACACCAAACUCUACGAGUCUCUCUAUAAUGCUCAUCGAAUAGAGAAAGAACUGUUAGAGAAGAAUCAUUUAUUAGAGAGCGAGGUGGAAGAGAACCACCAGAAGAUAGAGGAGCUGACGGACACGAUCUCGAACAACGACGACGAGAUCGAGAAGUUGAAGGAGGACAUAGUGAACACGAUAAAGAGGGCGGACGCCGCUCACACGCGCGAGCAAAACGCGCAAGAAUUGAUCGAGAAUCUGCGAUUGAACGUGACGCAACUGAACCAGGAGAUCGAGCAAAAGAACAGGCAGCUCGCGGCCGGGGAAGACGUCAGCGCCGCCAAGCAGAAGGAGAAUCUGAUGAAGGAGAAGGAAAGGCUCGUCAGCGAGAUGGACACGUUGAGGCAACGGCUGAAGAAUAUGGUUCUGUACACCGAGGAACUCGAGAAGAAGAACGGCGAGAUGGACCAGCAAACGAACGACAUGCGAGAGGAGCUGGAUUUGAAGUUGAGCGAACUCUCGAGGGAGAGGAGAGUCAGGCAGAGGAUGGAGGAUGAGAUGCAGCAUCUGCAAGAGGAACUCGCCGAGAAAACGACGGAUUUGGAGUCCGCGAACACGACCAUACAAACGGCGGCGGCCAACGUGAUGAAGCUCGAAACGUUGCUGAAAGAGCAGAGAUCGUCCGGCGAAAGGAUGCAAAAGGAGAUCAGCAAGCUGACGGUGAAACGACUGAAUCUGCAAACGGACUUGGACAACGCGAACGCGCAAAUCGAGCACCAGGAUAAAGAGAUCGCGGAGAAGGACAAGCAACUGAAACAAACUACGCAAACCAUACACAGAAUGAAGGAGUCCGUGGAACGGAACAGAAUCGAGAGAGACGCGAUGGCGAAGCGGGUGCAAAAGGUCGAAAUGGAGCUGACGUCCCUCGAGCAACAGCUGAAACAAGCGAACGCGAACACCAAGAACGCGGAGCACCAAAUGGCUGGGUUUCGAAAACAACAGAUAGACAAGCAGAACCAGUACGACGUUUUGCUGCGCGAGAAAAACGUCCUGGCCCGCACCAGGGAGAACAUGGAGGAACAGAUCAAGAAACAGAAUCACGAGAUGAUCGUGUACGAGUACAGCAGACGGAAGAUCGAGCGCGAAUUCGACGACCUCACCCAAGACAUCGUGGAGAUCAAGAAAGAAUUGGCCGCGGCGGAGAAGGAGAGGGACAAACAUAAACUGGAGACUCAGAACUUGGCUCAACAGGUGGAGUACCAUUUGAGCGAGUCGAAGCUGAAGCAAGUCGAGAUUUUCAGUUACAAAAAACGGCUGGCGGAGUCCGAGGCGAGAUACAGACAGCAGCAGAAUCUUUUCGAGGCAGUUCGCGCGGAGAGGAACUCGUGCAGCAAAGCCCUAACGGAGGCACAGGAUGAGAUACAGGAGCUGAAGAACAAGCUGAAGGUAGUUAACCAUCAGAUCGAACAGCUGAAAGAGGAUAUCGUGUCGAAGGAGGCCGGUCUGAUCAAAGAGGAGUUCCUUCGUGGUCGCGUGGAGAAAGAGAAGGAGGCACUGAAGAUCGAGCUGCAGUCCACCCGGAAGGAGGUGACCGAUCUGAGACACGAGAUCGAAGAGAUGAAGCUGGAGGAGAAGAAUCUGAGACAGGUGCUCCAGCGAGCCGAGUCGGAUAUCGGACGUCACAAGAAAGACAUCGACAACGUGAUGAACGAGCGUGACAUUCUGGGCACGCAAUUGGUCAGGAGGAACGACGAGCUGAGCUUGCAAUACAGUCGAAUAAAAGUCCUGCACGGGACGCUUCAUCAGGGCGAAGCUCAGUAUAACCAAAGAUUGGAGGAGAUCAGGCUGUUGAAGCUGGAGGUGAAGAAUCUGAGGACGGAGAAGGUUUUACUGAUGAAGAACAUCGCGAACAUGAGCGAUCUCAGGCAGGAAGUGUUUCACUUGAACCGCGACUUGACCAAGGAGAGGCUCAAAGUUAUGGCGCUCGAGGAGGAAGUGCAGACUCCGUUGAACAUUCACAGAUGGAGAAAACUCGAGGGUUCUGAUCCUUCUACUUACGAGCUAUUGGUGAAAAUCCAAAUUCUUCAAAAACGUGUGUUGAGGAUGGCCGGCGACAUGAUCGAGAAGGAGAAGAAGAUUAGAGAUACCGAGAAAUUGUACAUGAACCUUCGAGAAAUAUUGUCGAAACACCCGGGACCCGAGGCGAUGGUUUCUUUGAACAAAACUCAAAAGGCGUUGCGCGAGAGAGGGCAGAAAAUGAAGUGUAUGUUGGCGGAGCUGAGCAUGUACGAGGUGCAAAUUAGCGAGUAUAGGGUCGGUAUGGACAGGAUGAGCGGACAAAUGAGCGAGUUGAAAAUGAAAUAUUACGCUCAGAAGAGGAAGCUACAGAAGUCGAAGGAGUCGAAGCCGAAAUCGACGAACGAGCCCGUACUUCCGACGAUUAAUCAAAGCUUGAAGAAAUUCUGCGGCGGUGGCUUCAACAUGGCGACACCCACCCCCAGAAACUGUUUCGUCGUAGAUUCUGUCUGUAAAUAA